CUUCAAUAGAAUGCCAUCAAGGCCAAGAUCGAAGUUGCCGUGCCGAACAAGGACAAGGAGAGCCCUACCCAGAAGCGGCGCCAGGAGUUGAUCGCCCAGCUGAACGAGAUCCGGAAGAAGCAAGGCACUGGCAAGGAUGCCCGGGCCUCCAAGAUGGCGCGGAUUAAGGCGCUCGAUGACGAGCUCCGCAAGCGCAUUGCCGACCAGAAGGCCGCCCGGUCCAAGGUCUCGUUCAAAAAUGUAGAGGAGAUCGACCAAAAGAUCGCCCAGCUCGAGCGCGAGGUCGAGCGCGGCCAGAUGAAGCUCGUUGACGAGAAGAAGGCGCUUGCCGAGGUUACGAGCCUGCGCAAGCUGCGCAAGAACUUCUCGGCUUUUGACAACGACCAAAAGUCGAUUGACGACCUGAAGGCCAAGAUCAAGGAGAUCAAGGACUCGCUCGAGGACCCCGAAGCCAAGGCGCUCAGCGAGCAGUACAACGCCGCCCAGGCCGAGCUUGACAGCAUCAAAGCCGAGCAGGACUCGGCCUUCAAGAACCUGACGGCCCUGCGUAAGGAGCGGGACGAGGCGCGGAGCAAACAGCAGGCGACUUGGGAGGCCAUGAAGAAGUUCAAAGACGACUACCACGCUCAGCGCAAGGCGGCGCUCGCCUGGGAGCGCCAGCAGCGGGAGAAGCGCCGCGAGCGCGAGCAGGCGGAGCGUGAGCGCAUCGCCAGGGAGCGCCGCAUGGCCCGCGCCCAGGAGAUGCUCGCCGAGGCCAGCGACCCCGCCUUCGCCGAGCAGAUUCGGCGCGCCAACAACUUGGUGCGCUUCUUCGACCCGUCCCACGUGAUCGAGGAGAAGAGCCCCCUCGUGGCCGACAAAGGCCUCGCCGCCGCCGCCCAGCGCAAGGUGGACGCCUCGGGCUUCGAGGGCAUGCGCCUCGUCCGUAAGGAGGACCGUGACGACGAGUACCUCCUCGCGGUCAAGAAGGGCAAGAAGGGGAAGAAGAGCUCCCCGGCCGACGCCCCGGCCGCCAUCACCAAGUUCAGCUGUCCGCCGUCCGUCAUCGAGGACUGCGCUUUCGUCGGCGUCAACCCGCCCAUGAGCGCCGCCGAGGUGCCCGAGGUCGUCGACAAGGUCAAGGCCAAAAUUGCCCAGUGGAAGGCCGACCAGCCCGAGCAGACGCGCAAGGUACGUCUCCCAUGUCGCCCUCACCUGUGUUACACAUCCCGCUAACGUCUGCGCAGAACAUUGAAAAAGCAAAGAAGGAGAUUGAGCGUCUUGAAGCCGAGGAAGCCGCCGAGGGCUCAGGCGCCAACACCCCUGCCAAGGAGGAGGCUGAUAAGAAGGUUACCGAGGCCUCUGAUAACGUCGCCGAGGUCUCGCUCGAGGAGAAGGAGAACGAGGCGACUGCCUAGUUUGAGCGGGGAUUCUCACAAAAGGACGAAAAACUGCUGACGGUUUGACUCACCAACCACCACACAC